GCUGUAACUGAGCGCUGAGUCUCUGACAUUGAUUGGAGAGACUUGGUCUUCCCACUGUGCAAAGGCGAGCAAGAGAGACUGAGCAAAUCAGCCAAAACUGGUUUAAUUUGUUCAACUGAAGGACUUUUAACUUCUCACAGGAUAAGUCGUGCAAAUCCGCAAAAAAGGUGGAGCAAAAAAAAAAAAAAAGACACCCCCACCCCCCAAAAGGCAGAGCUCAAGUUUCUUUGCCUUGGUCCUGGAAGGAGAGUCAUAUAACUGGAGGACAACCCACAAUAUUGUUCUGCUGCAAAACGGUUUUCCCAAUUGUGUUGUGCUUGACAGAGUAGAAGAGUACUCAAAAGAUGGCUGGAAAACCCAAACUGCACUAUGCUCGAGGGAGAGGGAAGAUGGAAUCCAUCCGCUGGCUCCUUUCAGCAGCUGGAGUUAAGUUUGAAGAACAAUUUAUAGAAACAAAGGAAGACUUGGAAAAAUUACGGAAUGAUGGAUUCCUCCUGUUUCAGCAAGUGCCCAUGGUGGAAAUUGAUGGGAUGAAGUUGGUGCAGACACGAGCCAUCCUCAACUACAUUGCAGCAAAACACAACCUCUACGGCAAGGACCUGAAGGAGAGAGCACUGAUUGACACAUAUGUGGAAGGCACAACUGAUCUGAUGGAGAUGAUAAUGCACCUCCCUUUCCAGCCCCCUGAGGGCAAAGAAAAGCAGACUGCCCACAUUAUUGAGAGAGCCACAACAAGAUACUUCCCUGUUUAUGAAAAGGUUUUAAAAGACCAUGGACAAGAUUUCCUUGUUGGUAAUCAGUUCAGCUGGGCUGAUGUACAUCUGCUUGAAGCUAUUCUGAUGGCAGAAGAGUUGAAGCCUAAUAUUCUCUCUAAAUUCCCUGUGCUGCAGGCCUUCAAGACCAGAAUAAGCAACAUCCCCACAAUUAAGAAAUUCUUGGAGCCUGGCAGCCCCAGGAAACCCCCAUUAGAUGACAAGGCUAUCCCACAGAUCAAGAAGAUUUUCAACGUUCAGCUGUGAAAAUAAUUGCAAAUUCUGACAUAACCUUACCUGAUUUAUGCUGGUUCCUCAUAUAUACUAUUACUAACUAUAAGGCCCAUGUUAUCUGCAAGAUUAACAGUGCAAUCCUAUACAUGUCUACUCAGAAGUAACUCCCAUUGAGUUCAAUAUAGCUUCUAGGAAAUGUGAGUACAGGAUUGUAAUCUAAAUACGUAAAACUGUAACUCAUUUUGGUUAUACGGACUUAACUAAGACCUUGUUUAGAUAUUAAUCUAAUGCAGUCUUCCCUAACCUGGUAUGCUCAAGAUGUAGAAUCAGAAUAGUAGAGUUGGAAGGGCCAUCAAGUCCACCUCCCUGCUCACUGGAGGAAUCCAAAUCAAAGAAUUCCCAACAGAUGGCUGUCCAGCUGCUUCUUGAAUGCCUCCAGUGUCGGAGAGCCCACUUCCUCUCUAGGUAGUUGGUUCCAUUGUUGUAUGGCUCUAACAGUUACAGAUGUUUUGGACUACACCUCAAAUCACCCCCAGUCAGCAUGGUCGGUGAUGGGAGUUGUAGUCCAAAAGCCCUGGAAGGCACCAGGUAGAGGAAGGCUGGUUUAAAGGGCAGAGUUGCCUGAGUUAACAACAAACAAUCGGCACUUUCAGAUGAGCAUCUUCAGGAGAAAGAUAGGAUACAUCUCAAAAGGAGACGUGUUAUGGUAGUGAUUAUUAUGUUAAAAAUAUCAUCCUUUGUUUUCCCUGGCCUGUGACAUCAUUAUAGCUGACCAGUGUAUUUGUUAUUAUUUAGUAACUUACUCAUUAUCAGGAAUAAUUGUCUGAGCAAUUAAAUACAUUUCUCUUUC